GGAGGGCCAGGGGGAGGAGGGUACAGGAGUAUGAUCCACCCCCGUUUGUCCCAUGAGUCUCUGUUCAGGAUGUAUGGUGGAGCAGGGAACCCCAACGCCCACCCAGGCUCCCGCGGCCCCCUGGGACACAGGGUCCACCCCGACAACCUGUCCCCCUUCCCCGUGUCCCCCCUGCCCGGCCCUGGGGGUGCAGGGCUCUUAGCCCCACCUCUGUCCCCAGCCCUGUCCUUGACGCCCUCCUCCCACCUGCCCUACACCCCGUCCCCCUCCCUCUCCCCCAUGCUGGGCUCCCACUUCUCCUUCAACCCUGAGGAAAUGAAGCGCUACCUGCAGGCCCACCACCAGAGUGUCUACAACUACCACCUCAGCCCCAGAGCCUUCCUCCACUACCCCAACGUCAUCAUUCCUCAGCCACACCGCCUCGCCCAAGACAAGAGAGAACUGGGCGAGAGGGGGGGAGCAGAGAGAGGAGGCGAGAGAGGAGGAGAGAGGGGGGGAGAACGCUCAGGUCUGAAUAGUCAUCGACACCCAUCACCCCUGUCCCAAUCACACUCUCCUCACCCUCACUCAGCCCACCCUCACCCACACUCAGCCCACCCUCACUCGGCCCAUUCCCACCACCACCCUAUCCACCACCCACUGCACCUGGGUGAGGAGCCGCCUCACCUCUCGCCCUUCAAGUUCAAGCUGCAGCCUCCUCCAUUGGGCCGGAAGCAGAGGGACGGUAGCCAGGGCCACCACCCCAGGCAGAGCUCACUGUCCUCGGGCUCAGGGUCCCUGUCGUCCUCCGGUCUGGGGUCCUCCCUGUCCUUCGGCAGUGACCUGAGCUCAGCCGGCGGGUCAGGACUCAUCUCCAACUCCUCCUCCACCGGCUCCCUCAACAGCACUGGGCUGCCCAAGAUCAAGGUGGAGCCCAUCUCAGACAUUGAGUCAGAAGAGGAGGUGGAGGUGACUGACAUCAGCGAUGAAGACCCCGACGACCGGGGCGACGAGUACGACCUCUUCUCCCCCCGACACCCCCGGCCUCACCCCCACCACCCCAACGGGACCUCCUCCCACCCACACCCCCACGACGAGGACCUGGAUGAGGAUGUCUUCAAGGCCCCCGCGCCCCCUCCUCCAGGCCUGCUGCCCUUCUUCACCUCCCACCACCACCGCGGACCUCCCACCCUGAAGAGUGAGCCGGCCGAGCCAGGCGACACCCCCCCUCCUCCAGGCCUGCUGCCCUUCUUCACCUCCCACCACCACCGCGGUCCUCCUACCCUGAAGAGUGAGCCGGCCGAGCCAGGCGACACCCCCCCUCCUCCAGGCCUGCUGCCCUUCUUCACCUCCCACCACCACCGCGGUCCUCCUACCCUGAAGAGUGAGCCGGCCGAGCCAGGCGACACCCCCCCUCCCCAGUCCCCCGCCCAGGGGCAGACCAAGUGCAUUCCCCUCAAGCUGCGCUUCAAACGGCGCUGGAGCGAAGACCAACGAAUGGAAGCCAUGGAAGAGCAGGACGACAAGAAAGUACGAGGGGAGAAGGAGAGGGAAAGAGAAAUGGAGAGGAAUGGAGGGAUGCAGGAGAACGGGGCUGGCAGCGCCCCCAGUCCCCCAGCCCUGGGGGGGUAUGAGUGUUCCCUCUUGUCGGCUCAGAGGGGGGUGAACCAGGACCUGCACCAGGCCACCGCCCAACUGUCACUGGAGAACAAGGACUGCUGAUGCUGAUCCACACACACACAUAGGGAUACAUACAAACACUAAUGCUAGCAGACAGUGGUGGUUUAGGACAGUGUAAAUGACUCCUGUAGUCCUCCUGCCUCUCUGGCAGACAGUUCUCUCCUAACUCAAACCAAACCUGGGCCUAAUCAAACUCCAAACCCUGAUGCAGUCCACACCCUCCUCCCAAAGCCCUUACCUCCUACUGUAACGAGACCCCUCCCUCAGAGACUGUUGAAGAAAAGAGGGGAGAGGGGACUUUUGGUCCAAGCAAGCCCAGACUCAGUGACUUAAACCAGGGGAAGAACCAGAGGGGACGCUACUCUCUGCUUGUGUCUGGAUGGAACCACCAAGCCAGUUUCCUGUCCAGCCCACCGUCAGCCUCAUAUCCAGCCCAGCACUGCCCCACAUCUCUUGCCCCACAUUUCGUGCCCCAGAUCCCUUGCCUCACCUCCUGCUUUCUGCCCCCCCCCCCCCUCUAGGGUUAGACUCUUUCUCCUCAGGGGCCCCCAACUCAGACAGCCCAGCUCCACAGCCCUGCAGACAUGGAGGAUGAGAUUUCUCCCAUUUUAUUUUUGUAUAGAGAUGAAGACGGGGCUUCUACAAGUGCCUGUACCUGUAUCAGAGUAAGAGAGAGAGAGAGAAGACAGAGAGGAGGAAAGCAUGGGUGUAAGAGUAUGACCCUGAAGAAGGCACAGUGAUGCCGAAAUGUUGGUGAUUUACCCAUUAAAUGACCGGGAGUUUAUACAUAGUGUGCGACUCUCUCUAUUAUUUGUGUAAUAGUAUCCCCCCUGUUCUUACCCACAACAGACACACAGGAAAGUUGGGCUGCCGAUUGGGGGCUGUGGGACCUAGUCGUGGUGAACUGGCAAAGACUCCUCCUCGCAACACUGGCCACUCCACUCAGGGAUGCCACAGACACACACACACCAGCUGCUGGUGAAAAGGGCAGUGAACAGGACUUUGGGACAUGGAAGCUUUGCUCUUGGACUGCUACUGAAGGGUACUGCUUUUCAACACACACUUUAUUUCUCUCUAACACUUCUGUCAUCACUUUUGUACUUUCCUGUCUUUCUGUAAUCUUUUCUCUCUCCACCUUCCUUCCCUUGCUUUUGUGGACCAUGCCUGAACGAUCAUGAUCUAAAUGAGAGAAGGGAGAGGGUGGAGGAUAAACGGAGGGGGGAGGGAGCAGUGGCUCGGUUGUUAGAUGACAGAGAGGAACAGCGAGGGGACCAUUGGGAGGGGGAGAGAGCUCUCCUAUGGAAAAGGAGAGUGAGGGGUCCAGUAUCUUUUAACUGUUAGCUUAGCCUAGCUUAUCCUAGCUUAGCCUUGUCUAUCCCAUGGCUGGGCAGAAGCAAGGGCCACCUUCACAGAAUCCUAGUUCACCAGCUCCACCCAAACCCCUUACUCCUGUUCUAUCAACCAUAGUCUCAUGGUGUUAACUAAACCAGCAGAAACCGCCCACAACACCAUAUAUGCAAGCACACCUGUAGACACACACACAUACAUACAUACAUACAUACAUACAUAUAUAUAUAUAUAUAUAUAUAUAUAUAUAUAUAUAUAUAUAUAUAUAUAUAUAUAUAUAUAUAUACAUACACACACAUAUAUACAGUGCCUGUCUAUGCCUUGUUUUAUAGCAUGUAUAAACUCUUUACAAGAGUCUUAAUAAAAAAAUAUAUAAAACGAAAAGUCCAACUGAGAUAUACACACUCGUAUAAACUAUAUAUUUAUACACUGAACAAAAAUAUAAAUGCAACAUGUAAAGUGUUGGUCCCAUGUCCCAAAUAAAAGAUCCCAGACAUUUUCCAUACACAAAA